AUGAUGGUUCCUGUUGAUGAGCAAACAGACCACACUGAAUCAGAACCAAACAGGAACCAAGUCAUCUUCCAGGAAGCUGCUGAAGCUGAGAACCAAAAUCAGGAAAGAAGAAAACCUUUCUCAUGUGUCAUCUGUAAAAAGCGUUUGACUUUCAAAUCUGUUUUUGAUGCUCAUAUGAGAACUCAUACGGGUGAAAAGCCGUUUUCAUGUGUGAACUGUGGAAAAAGUUUUAGUCUAAAACUGAGUUUAACUGAGCACAUGAUGAUUCAUACUGGUGAAAAGCCGUUUUCAUGUGUGACCUGUGGGAAAAGUUUUAAUCGAAAACAGAGUUUAACUCAGCACAUGAUGAUUCAUACUGGUGAAAAGCCGUUUUCAUGUGUGACCUGUGGAGAAAGUUUUAAUCGAAAACAGAGUUUAACUCAGCACAUGAUGAUUCAUACUGGUCAAAAGCCGUUUUCAUGUGUGACCUGUGGGAAAAGUUUUAUUCGAAAACAGAGUUUAACUAAGCACAUGAUGAUUCACACUGGUGAAAAGUCAUUUUCAUGUGUGACCUGUGGAAAAAGUUUCAGUGGAAAAUAUAAUUUAACUAAGCACAUGAUGAUUCACACUGGUGAAAAGCCGUUUUCAUGUGUGACCUGUGGAAAAAGUUUUAGUCAAAAACCGCAUUUAACUAAGCACAUGAUGAUUCACACUGGUGAAAAGCCGUUUUCAUGUGUGAACUGUGGAAAAAGUUUUAGUGAAAAACAGCAUUUAACUCGGCACAUGAUGAUUCACACUGGUGAAAAGCCGUUUUCAUGUGUGAACUGUGGAAAAAGUUUUAGUCGAAAACAGCAUUUAACUCGGCACAUGAUGAUUCACACUGGUGAAAAGCCGUUUUCAUGUGUGAACUGUGGAAAAAGUUUUUGUCAAAAACCGGGUUUAACUCAGCACAUGAUGAUUCACACUGGUGAAAAGCCGUUUUCAUGUGUGACCUGUGGAAAAACUUUUAUUAGAAAACCGGAUUUAAUUCAGCACAUGAGGAUUCACACAGGUGAAAAGCCGUUUUCAUGUGUGACCUGUGGAAAAAGUUUUAUUCGAAAACAGGAU